AUGCGGGGGUGGCUUGAGGUCAUCACAGGAAACACGUAUACGGCCUUUUGCCCAGACGGCUACACUUGGAUGGCUCCUUCUUGCAGGAGCAAUCCUUUGACAUGCAUCAUGUUCAUCACGGGCGGCGAUGGUUGGGAUGUGUCACAAGGUUUGCAGCGAAGCGCAGUCUUCAACAUUCCCUUGAUGAUUGGAGUUGCAAAUUCUUGGGCCAAUUAUUUGGCCCUCCCGCCGCAGUACAAAGCCUUGCUGUAUUGGUGGACGCCAGACAACUCAUUCUUGGAGCUGGACCCGAAGCCAUUUGUUUUGCCGCCCCAGGACAAAUUCGCCUACAGCCAAGGAGAUGUCACGACGGCGUCCGAAAAUGUUGAUAUCGCCAAGGUCAUCAGUUUCGACUUGGACUUCAUGGCGCCCAACUUGGUGAAAUUGUUGGCCCAGAGCCAGAUUUCAUUGGAUGAGAUCAAUGACAUGAUGCGCACAUGGAAGGCCAAUUCUUCCGCUUCGCGGCACGAGGUGGCCUGUGACUGGCUGCAGAAGAACGAGAACACGAAGUUGGAUCCCCGAUCCGACCGUUUGCAACCGAGGCGUGCCCUGCUGGAACUCAGCAACUAUCAGCUGGAGCAGUGGAAUGCGAUGCGUGUCCCAGUGGCACUUUCAAAGCUGAUCAGUCAGUUGAUGAGUGUGCUCCAUGCCUUUCAGGCUACUACCAAGAUGAGCUCGGGACGCUGGCCUGCAAGAAAUGACUUGCUUGCGGCUGCGACGAGGGCAGCAUCGACGUUUCAGGUUGAAGCGGGCUAUUUCACCACAGCUGCCGAUCCAUUGGUCACCUUCAAGUGUGUCAAUACCUUGGAUUGUCCUGGAGGCACGCCCGGCACUUGCGGCGGAGCCCUAGAGGGAGUCCCUUGCGGAGAUUGCCCUCAAGGUACAUUCUAUGCCGGCGAGGCUUCCUGUGAUGAGUGCUCAGCGGGCGCCGUGAUUGCUUGGAUCGUUUCUUUGGGCGUGGUCCUCCUUGGCCUGAUUGGGGCCUACCAUUUCCUGAACUCCCCAGUCACCGCAAAGGCAUCCACGCUUUUCAGCACGACAUGUGCGAUUGGAAUGAUGAUCAACCUGUUGCAGAACUUGGGAAUCAUUGGAACCAUGUCAGUGCCUUGGCCUGUGGAUUUGGCCGGCUUCUUCAGCUUCAUGGAAGUCUUCACCUUCGACAUUGAUAGCCUGGCUUUCGCUUGCAUCGGUGGCGCGCAGCCGGUGUGGCGCUACAUCUUCACGGUGUGCUUCUUCCCUGUGGGCAUCCUGUGGUUGGCCCUCUGUGGUGCAGUGAGUCGAUGCAUUCCCAGGCUGCAAAGCUGGGAUCCGGUGAAAGUACGGAGCACCAUUGGUCAAUUUCUGCAAGUGGGGUUUUCAACCAUGAGCAGCACCGCUUUGGUGCCUUUGGUUUGCUAUUCGCAUCCCAGCGGACAACGAAGCAACUUCAAGAACCCCAACAUCAUUUGUGGCUCCGAGCCGCACACGGUGAUGGUGAUCUUUGGCAGCCUGCUGCUGGCGUUUGGCGUUUGCGGGUUUUUGGCUCUUUGCGCAUGGUUGGCGUACAUGUGCCCAACUUUCAGCAGUACAGGGCGUUAUGGCAUGAUCCAGAGCUCACGAUUUCUCCUUGGCCGUUUCCGUCUCGAUGUUUGGUGGUAUGGCGUGCCCCUUCUCUUGCGUGGACUCUUGGCGCUGAGAGAGACACCGUGGUCGCGGCGGUGUGUGUGUGGUUGGGUGAGGUGUUCUCGGAUAGGGGGAGAAUCGCAGUUUGUUCUUCGUGUGUGCGUGCCAAGACAAUGUUGA